CUCAUCGCGUCCCCACUCCGGGCGUCGGCAAGCAGCGUGUCGUUAACACCGGUACGUCAUCGCGCCGCGUCAUCGUCCCACGUCAUCGCGCCGCGUCUUGAAAAGGCAAAGUCUUUGGGGUUAGCAGGAAAUGAACGCUCUUGCACCUACGCUAGAGAUUCGUUAUGGGGUGUGUGGGAAAGUCGUGCGAUGGUAAGUAACUAACUACACUUAAUUAUAUUAGUUGCGGUCAUGCAGCCGCAGAGUAAAGACGCGCCAAACAAUCCCUCUGGGAUUAUUCCUUGCAAAAAGUGUAAGUCUAUGCCAACUGCUGGGCUUACAUGUAUAAAAUGUAACUCUUUGAGUCAUCCGAGUUGUGUUAAAUUGCUGAAAAAUAUCCAAUAUCUUAGUGAAACAACGAUAAUUUGUUGUGAGAACGCCGAUAACGUAAAAAGUGCGCCUAGCCAGUUCAAGAAAAUGGAACUCUCAACGGAGGAUAUUGAAGACUUUGUCAAGAAGAUAACCCUGCCGUUGGUACAACAAAUAGAAAUGCUGAGAAAUGAAGUUCGGGAACUCAAAGAUAGCAAUUUAGAGCUGGUGAGGUUGUUAACGUUGAACAAUCCUAGUGUUCCUGCUCCAGUCAAGUGUACAUUUCCUCAUUAUCCACCGUUAAUUACGAAACCUAGUGUCAAUUGUAAUGAAUUGUUACAAGUCGAGAAAACUCGUAAAAGAACACCUGCCCUCCAAAAAAACAAUCUCAACUACCAGGAAAGAAAUGGUGAUAUCAAGACCGACAAAAAAGCGUGCCAACAACACCGAGUACGUGCGAAUCAUCGGAUGAAGAAAGUAAGUCCUGUGAUCUAAUUGAAAAUCCGUGGACUGAACAAAGGACACGCCGAAACCGUCGUGAUCUGAAAAUAUUGCGUAAAGAAGUCUUGCCAACUAACAAUACCAAUGAUAAUAAUUCAAAGGAAAAUUCAGGACGUGUACAAAAACCACGUCAAAAUCGAAAACAGCGUGCGUCCACAAUAACUGGGACGCUACAGGUGAAUGAUAAUUUGGGUUUUUGCUCCAAUUAUGUCAAAAGGGCAUGGUACUACGUAGGGAAGGUUAACAAAAACGUCGAUACGACCGUUAUCAAGUCAUAUAUAGCCAGGUACAACAUAUGAUGCUUACAAAGUGGGCGUAAAUUUCAGAUUUAAGGAUGAUUUACUCAAAGAAGACUUUUGGCCACAAGGAGUUUGUGUGAGACGUUUCAACUUUCCUAGAAAUAAUUUUUUAGGGAAAAUUCCGACGACAGAGGCAACUUCAGUGUAAUGCCUCAAUUAAUUAAUGUAUAUAAUAUUAACGUACAGUUCUUAAAAAAUAAAAUUUUAGAUACAUAAGCUUUUCUCGAAGAUGAUGGUCCCAUUGACGUUCUCUGUAUAAAUGAACACUGGAUGACGCGUGGUGAAUUGGAAAUUAUGAACAUUGGAGGUUACUCUCUUGCAGCUAGUUACUGCCGGAAAAGUGUCAGUCACGGUGGCGUAUGUAUACUAACAAGAAAUUCUUUUACUCCGGUUUGUUCUUUAGAUUUUGAUGAAUACUGUCAGGAUCUUGAGUGUGAAUUUGCAGCCAUUAAAUAUGGUGUAAGCGUAGAAUUUAAAAUUCCCGCUAGUUGGUGUAACGGUUCUGCCAACCGAAAAAAAUCGGAAGACACAAUUCGCUCGAAAAAGACCAAGCGACGCGCAACGUUUUUAUGUGGCUAACCGUUUAAGCUGUUUUUGUUAGUUUUUUUAAAUAUAUUGCACAUUAUACGUUAUGAGUACAUUAUUCGUUAGUUAAGAAGAAUUUUCCCGAACCAUCCCGGAUAUUCCUACAAUGGUAAAA